CUCCACCGACCCGGCCGAACCCCCCCUGUUCACGGACAUGAUGGUGUCCUCGUGCCGUGGCUCGCGCUCCCUCUGCCCGCCUCUGAGCUGCGGGUCCAGCCUCUCUCCGAGCGCCGCGGGCACGGCCCGUGUUUCCUGGGUGUCCGGCUGUGGGGGUCGGUGUGUGGGCAUGUUUCUCUGAGCAGGCCGCCGAUCACAGCUGCUGAUACCCGGACCGGAGCCGCCGUCACUUUGACAGCUGUCAGACCAGCAGCUGGACCCGGACCCGGACCCGGAGCGUUCCGGUUAUGACACGUAAUUCAUAUUUUACACUUCUGAGUUGAAAUGUUCAGGAAUAUCAGCGGGGACGGCUCGUCCUCUCCGACCGGGCACGGCGUCGCUUCUCCCGGGCUGAACGGUCAGGAAAGCUCGUGGAUCGGCCUGCUCUCCGUCGUGUCCAGGCCUGCGGUGUCGUUUCUGCAGAAGUACCUCCCGGGUCGGAGCCCGGUUCUGCCUGACCGGGCCGGCUGGAUGAGCGGGGACUUAACGAGCUUAGUGGAUGAAGACAGUGACUUUUUGAGCCCGCUGGACCUCCCGCCGCAGCACCGCGCUCCGCACCUGACCUACCUGCGCUGUCAGCACGGCCUGCUGCAGCCGGAGGGCGGCGGGGCUUUACCGUGGCUGACCGCUGACUCUCUGCGGGAAAUCGGGAUCGACAGCGGGGAAGAGAUGAACCUCUGCCCGCAGACUCAGGUGGGUCACCUGUCCUCCGCCAGGACUUUGCUCAGCCAGGUGUGGCUGAACUCGGAGGUCAGGCCGAGGGUGGGGCAGGACUGUGCUACGACCCGGCCGUGGUGGGGCAGUUUGUGGGGCAGUAAGGAGAGCUCCUGGGCCGAGGACCGGACCCUGACGGGCCGGCUCUGUCCACAACAACCAGCGCCUGAGACAAAAGGCCCCGACACAACAGAGAGCGUCACGAGGUGGAGGCUGGGAGAACGCGCUGGACCCCCCGACCACAAAGACGCCAACAAUGGAGGCCAGAACACUGAGGGGUCCGAGCCAGACCACCGGCUCAGCAUCAGGAACCACCUGAGGCAUCCAGGACCGCUGACUCCGGAUCAGGACAAUGGUUACUCCAGUCUGGAGGAGGAACAGCUCCACCUGUGCCGCCUGUACCUGCUGAAGCCCCGGACCGGGCCGGAGCCAGAGACCGGGCCCACCGACACCAGCGACGCCGUCCUGACCGAGAUGGAGGAAGAGAGUCCUGAAGAGUCCAUGUCAGGAGAGGCGGAGGAGGAGGAGGAGGAACAGGAAGCAGCUUCUGAGGAGGUGACGAAGGUCUCCACCCCUCAGUGCCAGAACAAGAGCAUCGCCUUCAUCAUGGGCUGCUCCUUAAGCGACGACUCCACCGACGACGACGGCUUCGACAGCGACAGCUCGUCUGAUGAAGACGAGUCGGACUCGGACAGCGUGGACGCGUCGGAGGACGAGGUGGAGGACGAGGUGGAGGACGAGCGUCUGUGGAAGACGUGGUGUCACAGCACCGACCCCUACAACCCCCUGAACUUCACCGCCCAGCUGCACAGCAGCACGGCGCCACGCACCAUCCCCCCCACCACACCUCCGUCCUCCACCCAGUCCACCCCCACCUCCUCCCCUGACCUCACCCUGCUCCCCCUCUCCUCCCCUCCACUCUCCUCCUCCUCCCCUCCCUCCAGCCUUGACGUCUGGGACGACUCCACCUCGGCCAGCGAGGCGGAUGAAGCGGAGAGCCUCCACCUGUGGAGGUCCUUCAGCUGCUCCUCCGACCCGUACAGCCCGCUGAACUUCCAGGCACCGCUCAGGACUCGAGACCCCGGCGAGGCCGGGACGCGGGCCAGAACCAAGACCAGGAAGACCUCCCAGACGGGCCCCUGUCAUACCACAGCAUCUCCACCCAAGUACAGGAAGGAGGAGGCAGAGGAGCGGCUGGACAGCGGCUUCUCUGAGCCCUGCGCCUCCUCCAACACCUCCACCUCCUCCAGCACGGCCCGGCGCUGCAGCACCACCAAGAAGGUUCGUUUCUGUGACGAUGUCGAGGAGUUCUUCGCCAGCGGCGGCGAGGAGGACGAGGACCGCCACGGGCCAUGGGAGGAGCUCGCCCGGGACCGCUGCAGAUUCCUGCGGCGCUGUCAGGAGGUGGAGCAGAGCAUCGCCUUCUGCCUGCAGCCGCAGCACCGGAGGAAGGUGUACUGCCGCCUCGCCGCCAUCUACACCCACGCAUAAGGCCCCGCCCUCUACGUCCAGUGAGGACAGACUAUAGAGACCUGACUGACUGUGGUUCUGGUUCUGAUGCGGGUCCACGUCUGUUUGUUUGGACCGACCCAACAUGGUUCAGGACUCUGAGUCAGAUACUAACCGGAGUUUGAAGGGCUCAACUUCACUGUGAGGAGAACCUGGUUCUGGUUCUGGUCUUUUCUUUCUAAAGCUGUUUGUUCUCUCGUCCAAUCGUUUUACUCCCGACACAAGAACGAGCUGCUGAUUCGUUUGUUUGAACCAUUAAAUGUAAAUUUAAUUAAAGAGUCGUCAUCGAUAGUCGAUUAAAUUGACUAAUUAAACGUUUGAUCCAAAUUAAAACAUUCGACUGAUUUGAAGAGUUCUGAUGGAAACAGCAGCUUGUUGUCCGGACCCGUUCUGACCCAUCGGGAGUGGUUCGGUCCGGGCGGUCCCCCCACAUGAACCCGGUCCAGAUGAACCUAAUUUAAUGAGUUCAGUAUUUAAGUUUGUCUUUAAGCCAAAGAUCGUUAAAGUGUUUGAAUCUGAUUUGCAUGAAUUGAUCUCAUUAAUAUUCAUCAGGUCACAUGAUCACUGAGUAUUUUUCAUCUGAUCGUAUUAACAACUCCCUUUAACCGUCGUCUGACGACAGGAAGUCCGCUCUGACGACAGGAAGUCCACUCUGACGACAGGAAGUCGGCUCUGACGCUGCUCACAUUGAGACGUCUUUAAUUAGCUGCCUUGUUAAACUCGUUAACUGGUCAGUAUUUAAUUAGUUUGAUGGAUCCAGAUGAGUCUGGAAAAUCAUCAGAGUCUCAUUAAUAAUUACCGAUCAGCUGAUCCAAUUAUUUUAUAAUUUUCUUCACUUUAAAGUUUAACGUUAAAAAAACAAACCUAAAGAAGACAAACUGGACCGAGUCUGACAGACGAUCAAACACUCUGGCUCAGCUGAUCGUGGUAAACAGACUCUGGCUCAGCUGAUCGUGGUAAACAGACUCUGGCUCAGCUGAUCGUGGUAAACAGACUCUGGCUCAGCUGAUCGU